AUGGAGGGGCCCAAUUUCACCAAUCCCUUGUAUUCUGCGCUUCCUAUAAGAAUGGGAUAUAUGGACCAUGCAAAUGCAGAUCUCACUCUGGAUGACAACCCUGCGCUGCUUUGGGAUUUGUACGAGCACGGUUUCUAUCCUUUGCCUGACUAUGACCAACCAAUGAAGAAACAAAGGCAGAUUAGUCGCGACAGCAGUCGCAGCAGCAAAAGCAGCAACAGUCAUGAAUCCAUAAUCAACAUCCUAGACAGUGAUAAUGAUGAUUACAAUCGUCUUGAGUCAGGGAUCGAGUCAGGAGCCUCCUCGCGCCCAUCGACCAUUGCCACCACGUCAACCUCAUCACGCUCCAAUACGCACUCUGAAGCAGUUUACAUCGAUCUCACUUUGGACGAUGAAUUAUUGUGGCAGAUCACAGACAUUUUUCCGGGCAUCAGUCACCAGCAUGUGGAAGAGCUGAUCGAACUUCAUAAGAAGCCCCAAGAGAACCAACCUGCGCCGCCCCUAGAUUCAUUGAAGGAAAGUGUUAUUGAAGAUAUCUUACGGCAUCCUAGCUAUCCUAAGCAGGAAAAGGCCAAGAAACGUAAGAUUGAGGACACAGACGAGGAAGCUACGAUACGGUCUUUGCGAGAUAUACCACAACGAGGUAGUCGUGCAUACGUCCAACUAGCAGCCAAUUUGUUAGCCCAAGAAUUUGGGUGGAUGCCGAUGAAACAUAUUCGGGAUGUUCUGGCAGAGAAAAAAGAGCUCUUUGCCGCGUAUCUCACUCUACAUUCUCAAGAGAGUGAACAGACGGGAAAGUACACAAAACUGAGAAGCAAAAGGCUUUCGAAUGUACCAAAUCUGGGCAAAGAGGAUGAUGAGGUAUCUAUUGCUGAGAACCUGGCUCGCGAACUAGGAGCCGCCAAGAAGAAAGCUGAAAAGGAGGACGAUGCCAUUCGCAAGAAGAAGGAAAAGCAAGAGGCUGAGAUCAAAAACGAAGAAGAACACAGCCGAGCUGGGAACCUCAUCGAAUGCCAGUGUUGCUACCUCGAUGUUCCAGCGAACCGAUCACUUCCUUGUGAGGGUGAUAGCGUCCAUCUCUUCUGCUUUGCGUGCAUUCGAAAGUCUGCGGAGACUCAAAUUGGGCUUAUGAGAUAUCAAGUCCAGUGUGUCGAUACUAGUGGCUGUCAGGCAAAGUUUUCUCGCGCGCGGCUACAAGAAGCUAUCGGCGAGAGUUUGAUGGAAAAGCUCGACCGCCUUCAGCAGCAAGAUGAGAUCCAGCAAGCUGAGCUGGAAGGUCUUGAAUCUUGUCCGUUCUGUGAAUUUAAAGCCAUCUAUCCGCCCGUGGAAGAGGACCGCGAGUUCGUAUGCAAAAACCCUGAAUGCGAAAUAGUUAGUUGUCGUCUCUGCAAGCAGGAAAGCCAUAUCCCGCGCACUUGCGCAGAAGCCAACAAAGAGAAGAAUCUUCCUCAACGUCACUUAGUCGAAGAGGCAAUGAGCGAGGCUCUGAUCCGCCCUUGCCCCAAAUGCAAAGUGAAGAUUGUCAAGGAGAUGGGCUGCAACAGGAUGAUUUGCUCCAAAUGCCGGACUGCAAUGUGCUACGUUUGCAGACGAGAUAUUUCCCGAGUAAUGUACGAGCAUUUCGGGCGUGCUCCGACCCACUGUCCCCUCCAUGACAAUCCAGCAUUACGCUCAUUACAAGAGAUUGAGAAAGCUCAAAAAGACACUAUCGAUAGUUUAUUGGCACAAAACCCUGAUUUAAAGGAGGAGGAGCUGCGAGUCCAUGACGCAAAAGACUCGGCCGCGAAUAUGUCGCACGUCCUUCAAGGUCCUGACAAUGGACUCUUACGCCAUUUAGGGCAAGCGCCAAUCCGGCCCAAUCAUGUGGUGUAUCCAGGGCCAGCUAUUCCAGUAGGAAGAGCCAAUCCCCCAGCUGUUGCUCACCGAUUCGAUGCACCUGUUGGCAUCCAAAAUGGCUGGGGUGGACAAGGCUGGCUUCAGCACCCAUUAGGACAACCUACGAACCCACCAGGACGCCCUGUGCCUACAAACGUCGUACAUAGGGGUGUGAACAAUCAGGGCAAUCCUCUUCAAGAUCCGGCGAGAAGGGUAGAUACCAGACCCCCAUGGCGAUACUAG